AUGACAGUAGAAGAAAAAAUUGAGAACAUUGAAGAGACAACUUGUAAAGACAUGAUUAGUGAGUUGCCUGAUGAUUUGCUUGUAAGGAUAUUGAGUCUUGUCCCAAUAAAAUACGCAGUGGCCACCAUGUUUCUGUCGAAACGGUGGCUCUCUGUUUGGACGAUGAUACCAACACUUGAGUACCAAGACUACGAUAUUGAAGAUUAUGUUGAUUACAACGUUGACUACCAUGACCAUGCCGUUUGGAAUUUUCUUGACCAAUCAAUGCAACUACACAAGGCACCUGUAAUAGACUUCUUAUGCGUGAAACUUGGUUACAUAUGUCCUACUGAUGUUGAUGUCGUAAAGUGGGUUGAAAACGCUGUUUCUCGCUGCUUGCUUGACCUAGAGUUCAAGCUCGCCUGGUCUGCCGAUCCAACCAGCUUCCCCAAGAGUCUUUACUCAUGUGAAUCUCUCGUGAAACUGACUCUCUGCCACAAGAUUCUCGUGGAUGUUCCUUCUACUGAAUGCCUACCAUCCCUUAGAAAGCUCAGUCUAAACUGUGUGGUGUAUAAAGAUGAGAGUUCUAUUGUUAGGUUCUUAUCGGGCUGCCCCGUUCUAAAGUGUCUAUAUGUGAAGCGGAAAAUGAAUGACAAUGUGAAAAAGUUCACUAUAAAAGUUCCUUCUUUAUUGGAGUUGGAUUAUACUAAUGAACAUUUAGAUAGUUAUGAUGAAGAACAUUCCCUGAUUAUCGAUACUCCGGGAUUAGAGGACUUGUACAUCUAUGAUUUUUUGGGAGACUCUAGUUCCAUCGAGAAUAUGCCUUUCCUCAAGUGUGCAUCUAUCAGUCUUGGCUCUAACCAUGAAAAGUUUCUACGUUCUGUUUCUUCGGUCUCAUCUCUUGCGUUAGUUUUUGAUACACGCUCCGAAGGGCUAACGGACGGACAGAAAGGGUUUAUCGAGUUGGCCUUCGCUCUCUCUCGAUGGAACCACGAACAAAGAAGAAUCGAUCGAUGGAUCGAUGGAUAG